CGCCUCCGGCCUCACUCCGCGCCGGCCCGCGCACGCAGCCGCAUCUCCGAGCGUCGCUUAGGGUUCCCGCGCGCAAUGUUUACAUUUCACAUUACGAUGCCAUAAUUAAGUAAAUUGAUAGCCGCGCUCGUGAACUGUGAUCAGUGUUCUAAGCCUCAAACUGAAGGCGCCAGUGCAGUGAACGGGACGAUAAUGACGUUCUCUGGAAGCAUGAAGGAGAGUAAGCCGCGAACCGUGAAAGACAAUUGGGAGUCAGAGCUGGGAUAUGGGUGGUCGAGAAAUGGGCAGCGGCGAUGUCGAUCGCACCGGCCCCCGGAGUCUACCAUGUCAGUGAGCAGCGACAUCCGGUUCACCCGCCGCAAGCUGAGCCGGCCGUGCCGGGGGUGCUGUGCUGCACUCGCUGCGUUACUUGUGCUGAUCCUGCUGGCUGCAGUCGCCGUCUACCUCGGCCAUAUGUUCCUUUUCGGAGAUCCAUUGAAUCGGCAGACAUUUAGAGGUUCAUUCAUAGUGUCAUCGUGGGGUCCGCGCGAGGACCUCAGCAUGGAUGUCAAGGACAACAGUACGAGAGAGUCACAGAUGCAACAAAUGUUGCAUGAUGUUUACAGUAGUUCGGAACUACGCUCAUGCUUCAUGGAUGCUGAUAUUCUCGCUUUGGAUAACGCUGAUGAAGGUACCAGAAUUCACUUUGAGGUGUCCUUUGAACCCAUAUUCACUGCUGUCAGUACGUCUGAAGUAAUAGAAGUGAUGUCUCAAGCAUUACUUACGCCAUACUUCACGUCUCUCGGAGCUAUACCAGAGACGCUUCAUAUUGAGGAAAGUUCGGUAAUAUCGUCCGAAGCGCUGAAAGAAAGUGAAACUACAACAACCGAGUUGCCUACAACGGAGCCCGUCGUAUUUGAUAUUGUGGAGGAAGUUAGAGAGUGUUCCCCGCUGGCGUUAUCCUUGUGCAAGCAUCUGCCCUACAAUAUCACAACUUAUCCAAAUCUAGUCGGUCAUGUCUCCAAAGACAACUUGUUGCGUGACCUUGUGGCUUUCAGAGAAUUAUUGGAUGCGGAAUGUUCACACCUUGCUCAAGAUUUCGUAUGCCAAAUGCUGCAACCCCGAUGUGAAGAAGGACGUAUGAUAUACCCGUGCCGCGCAUAUUGCCGCGCUUUCCACGCUGGUUGCGGUGACCGCAUGCCCGAACGACUGCGUCCACACUUUGACUGCGCACGCUUUCCCGAUUAUUUUGGCCCUGGUUCGUGUGCUCCAGAACCAGAUUGUCACGGUAGUUUGCAACGGUUGGCGUUAUCGCGUCGGGCGUGUGACGGCGUCCCGGACUGCGCGGACGCGUCGGACGAGCGCAGCUGCUCGCACUGCGCGGCGGCGGGCGCGGGCAGCCUGCGCUGCGCGUUGCAGGCGCGCUGCCUGCCGCCGCAUCUGCGCUGCGACGGGACACCUGACUGUGCUGAUGGGAGCGACGAAGCGGGCUGCCUAUGGGUGUCUCGUUCGCUCUCUUCGUGGAAAAGGGAGAAUAGCGAAACAACGUUGGGUUCGAUACGAAGUCGAGGUGGUUACGCAGUGUGGGCGGAAAGAGGACAUUUUGGCAAAAUUUGUGCAGCGCCUUAUGAAAAUGACAAACGCGCUUUAAUGAGUGUUGCUACUUCCUUGUGUACUUCUCUAACAUUCAAAACUGCUGUUAUAGCGGAGGCCGUACCAGAUGGUGAAGAAGAUUUUGAAGAAGAGGAUAUACUAGGUAGAAAGGCAGCAAGGCCUUCACCCGAGUACGUGGAAAUAGUUGAUCCUACUGCUGCGGAAAUAUCAUUUGUAAGAACAGAAUGUCCUGAGAAGAGAGUAAUCAAAGUUAUUUGCGAUCAAUUAGAAUGCGGUAUGCCGUCAGCGCGUGGAGCAAAAGCGGAGAGUGGUGUGGAAGAAUUGACUCGGUCGGCACAGCCCGGCGACUGGCCGUGGCACGCCGCGCUGCUGCGCUCGCACGUGCACGCGUGCGACGCUGUGCUUGUCCAUGCCUCGUGGCUCGUCACCACUGCUUCGUGCUUCCAGGGUCAACCAAAAGCUGAAUGGACAGCUAGAUUAGGCACCGUUCGUAUUCAGAGUACGACGCCAUGGCAACAAGAACGGCGAAUUGUAGGCAUGAUUCGAUCUCCAGUAGAAGGCAGUAUGCUUGCAUUAGUACGGUUAGAGGAACCUGUCGAAAUGACAGAUUUUGUGCGCCCUGCCUGCCUGCCUGAAAACGGUUUCAAAGCUAACAAUAAUAGCAUCUGCAAUACCCUUGGUUGGACGAGAAAUAGAGAUCAAUUACAAAGAGUCCAUGUUGUUACGACUUCUAUGAAUACAUGUGAAAAUGUCAGUAUAGCUACUGGCAAUGGAAUAUGUGCAGAGCCCCUCUACGAUCAAGAUGACUGUGAUGAGGAAGAAUAUGCUGGCAGUUCAAUGAUGUGUUUUGAUGAUAUUUCUAAACGUUGGUCAUUAAUAGGAGUGAGCGCAUGGCGAAUUGCCUGCUCGAAGAUUGGUCUAGGAAGACCUCGCAUCUAUGACUCUGUGACGUCACAUGUAGACUGGAUUCGAAAAACGAUUUCCAAUUCUUCCAGGUGACCCAUAUUCCAAAGCGCUAUUGUGUUUAAGACUGGUUGAAUUAAAAUGUCCAAUGUUAGGAUAGAUAUAUCUAUGACUAAACAAAAUUAGUAUUGAUCUAUAUAAGUCCAAUUUUGUUGGAAAAUAUAAAUGAAACUUCUAACAUAAAUCUUACAUAAUACUCUUCUCUCUUAGUAUUUAAAAAAAAUAAGUACCUAGAUAGGAUUUUUUAGAAUUAAUGUGUAUAGUUCUCUUUUAAGAUAAGUUGUAAUGUAAAUUGGUAGAUAUUGUAUGUAUAGUACAUAAAAUCAUCAUGUAAAUAAUUUUUUUAUUUAAUUAUGCCAAAACAAAAAUAAAUUGGUCUGUUGUGUUA